AUUGGCAAUCAAUAACACGUUGGCAAUUUUCGAUGGCACAAAAUUAUUUCGCGAUCGAACACCGUCGUGACAACAACAAUGCGGUUCUACGGAUUUUUCUUAAUACUUUUGGUGACAAGUCGCUCGUCGAUUUCUUUACUUGUUCCUGAAAUCCCAUCGUUCUUGAAGAUAUGUCAUCAAAGCGAUCCAUUCCUCGACGAUUGUAUAAUGCAAAGUGUCGUUUCCUUGAAACCGUAUUUAAAAAAUGGAAUAACAGCUCUUGGGAUUCCAACGUGUGAACCUCUUCGCUUAGAAGAAAUCCAAAUUGACCAAAGUUCCGGGCCAAUCUAUAUUCACGCGAGGUAUAACAACGUGUCCAUUUAUGGUGGCACUAACUUCGUACCUAAGAGCAUCAGCUUCGACUUAGACAAAAAUGUAGUACACCUGGAACUCUACAUUCCACGACUGGAAAUGGUAGCGAAUUACAUCAUGGAUGGUAGAAUUAUAAUGCUACCAAUCACAGGAAAUGGUAUCGGAUACGGAAACUUCACAGACAUCGAUGCCAUUGUCGCUCUACAGUUGGAACGUUAUCGUAACGAGAGAACAGGGUUGAUUCAUCAGAAGGUGGAGGACAUUUAUGUCGAUUUUGAGAUCGGCCAUGCCACUGUACGCUUAGAUAAUUUGUUCAACGGCGACGAAACGCUUUCAGCCGCCAUGAAUCUUUUCCUGAACGAGAACUGGAGCACGGUGAUAACGGAGAUAAGGCCGAAAUUGGAGGAGACCGUUGCCAUGUUGGUCACGAAUUUCACGAAUACGAUUUUCUCGGUGUUUCCGGAGGAUGUAUUAUUGCCACCUUGAAGUAAAAUAUUAUAUAUUUUUUUCUCUCCUGUAAACACGUUAACGCGAUGUAUCGAUUGAUUUUGUAAGUUUUUCUAAAUUUUUAUAUCUUGUU